AUGGAUUAUAUCACAAAAAGUACUCAAUAUGUUAACAACGGUAUCUAUAAACAAUUUAUAUGCAGGUACAAAUAUUCAACUUUCAUCAGAAAUUACAGCGGAAAUCCAAACUCAUUUAGCAAGAAAUUAUCAUUUAAUAUUAUCCAACAAAGAUUUCUUGGAAAUAAAGUGAGUGGUCCUGCUGCUUCUUAUAAUGUAAUAAAACAUCUAAAAAUUAUUUCGAGACUUAAUCCUUCAUUAACAUAUACAGAAUUUAAACAACGUUGUGAAUCACUAAGAAUAUUUAUCUAUUUUGGGAUGUGUAUAUAUCUUACGGGUGAACUUGUUAAUAAUCCAUUAAAAUCAUCAUAUUGGUACAGAUAUACUCCAAUAAAUUUCUUCAAGUAUGUUUUACCAAAUUAUAUGUAUCCUAUUGACAAGAAAUAUUGA